UACUGGAACAUAGAAGGGGAAGAAUAGCUAGUUUUGGGUGAAACGUGUGGUGUUGUGAUUAGGUGAGGAUAGGCAAAUUUUUUUUUUUACUUUCGUUUGUAUUUCCUCGAUGCAAGUCUCAUUCCUGAAUCUUCUCUUGUUGUUUUUAUAAUGCUUUAUGGUUUUCCGCGGCAGGUCAGUCAUUGUUCACAUUUUCUUUUCUUAUUGUCUAGCCCGCAGGUACCACCCCCCUCCCCGGUUGUGCAGUCAUUCCUACCAUUGUAUCUUUUUAGUUUCACGGUCCUACCUACACAAGUAUUCCUAAUUGUAUAAUCACACUCUGUCCUGCCUGGGGGUUGGGGUGGCAUGUUCCUCCCUUCUCCCUUGUCGUUUACCUGCAACAAUAAACUAUCAAUCAAUCAAUCAGUAGUUCAUUAUAGUCUUGCGGAAGAGCCACCGAUCACUGACCCAAAGAUAAGCAGCCCCUAGUCUUCUUAUCAACGAAUCGGCGCCUCAGUUCACAUGUUUGAAAAGCCUCUCGGAGAAGUUGCUGGGCAUUUCAUGGAGUGUUUUGUGAUCCAAGUGAUACUCUUACACGACUUCUGCGUCUUGAACGGAAAAAAAAAACACCCAAGAAAGCCCGGGUAAUCUACUUAGUGGCCUUGGGAGUGGUCGUAAUGGAACCCCGAGACGUUUAAGAAUAUGGACAGAGCUUUAUAAUUAAAAGGCGUGAUAGACUUUGCCCGAACUCUCCCGCCAGACAAAAUAUCACAACUUUUUUUUUUUUUUUUUUUGUGCGUGAUGUCUGGUCGGGCAGGAGAAUCAGUGUAGUCUGUCACGUCUAAUCAUAUACCUGAACUUAGGGGAGAACGUAAUUGAAGGAUUUUCCGCGCCCUGCAAUAAACCGAUAAUUGUGUGUGUGUGUGUGUGUGUGUGUGUGUGGAGAGAGAACGGGAGAGAGAGAGAUGGUCGUAAUCGUCCAGGGGCGUCUCACCACCAUGGUAAAUGGUCGCUGUGGUCCGUGAGCUUGGAGUUACGGGGCAGAGUGAUCAUGGAGCGGCGCGUGGCUUGGCAACACUGCACUGAGUGCGCCUCCCCUUGGUCUUCGUCACUCCAGGCUGCGGCGGAAGGAGGUUGCUGCACUUCAGGAUGUGUAGCGAUGACAGGCAGGUGGAAAGGGCCCGUUGCACCGCCACAGAGGGCGGCAGGCGGUUGUUGCACCUUCAGCCGCUGAGUCAAGUACUCGUGAUGGGCCGCACGUCCCACGUGACGCACUACUGCACGCUGAUGCGCUGCUUCCUCGCGCCCGCCCGCUGGCUGACCUUCGCCUCUGUGGCCAAGGUGCCGCUCCAGGGGAUGGAGGAGCUGCAACGCCGCGUGCCGCUGCCCCGCCUGGGCCAGCACCUCGGGUUCUUACUGCAGUUCGGGGUCGUCGCCAAGGCCGCCAAGCCGGACAACAAGCCCAGGUACUUCGUGGAUCCGCACAGCUUCGCCAAAAACCUCCGCAUCAGAUUAUUCCACAUCCGCAAGCUCUUGGAGAGCAAGCCUGAGAACCUGGAGCGGGCGUGGAACGAGUCCGACAGCUGGGGGCGGCUGCCAAGGGCCUUCCCGCCGGGAUGCCCCAGGACCCAGGCAGUGGUUCACGCGUUGGACAAGAUCGAGCAAACCCUGACGCAGGUUCAGCGACAGGCAAUCGUAGAGUUGGACGGACGCAGCGGCCUGAGCGACUUCGAACGUGUGGGCAACUUGGCCGACUGUGACGAGAGCCGGGACAUGACAGCGGCUGAGAACACACCAACACUCUACGGCCUCCUGAAGCAGCCGUGGGUUCCGCCGCACCCCGCGGCAGGCGACUCGCAGGCCGCAGCGUCGGCCCUCACGCUGCUGCAGUGCAUGGAGGCCGAGGUGUGGAAAGAGCGGGUGCAUGUGUCUCUGGAAACGUUCUUUAUGAACCGUGUCCACGACGCCACCUACAUCAGGCGGGUGCUUCACCACCUCACAGACGAAGGCUUAACGCUCCUGGCGCCGCUGCUGGUGCCGGGGAGCGGCGCCGCCACCUACACGGUGCUGGACGAGCGGGCGGUGGACUGUGUGUUGGACCACUGCGUCAUGGCGGGCCUCCAAGCCGAGGACGGCAACGCCCUCUGCCGCCUGGACGCCCUGCAGAAGGAGGUGCAGGAGCGGCUGCUGGUGGGCGUGAGUCUCGGGCAGGUCCGGCGCCUCGUGGGGCAUCUGAGGGACUGCGGCGUCGGCUUCGGAGACAGAAGCCGCGAAGCCGACGGAGCUGAAGCCAUCACGUGGGCGGCUCCCGACUGGCUCAGCUCAAGGGCGGCCUUCGAGGAGUACCUGCAGCGCCAGGCCGAGCAGGGGGAGGCGGGCGGCAGCUUCUUGCGGCACCUGCAUAAGCUGAUGGCCCGUUGCUGCCUGGAGGUGGAGGAGCCCGGAAAGCUGGUGGCUCGCCCGACGGUCUUUUCGGCGGAGGAGACGCUGCUGGAGCACGACGAUGUCUGCCCGCAGGAGCUCCACCUGGACAAAGAUUUGCCGCCGCAAACCUUCGACUUGACGUCCAAAGUCCACCGUCGUCACGUCCCUCGUCCUCGCCCCGGGCGGAAACCUUCCCCGCGCUCCGCGACACACGGCGAGGACCCGGUGGUGCCUCCGCUGCAGUACCGGUGCGGGGCGGGGCUGUGGCGGGCCUUCUCCUGGCUGUGCGGCCUGGAGAAGGACCUCGCUGCCCAGGGGCGCGGCACGUGGCUCCGCGACAAGAAUGGUGUCAAGAUCUUCCUGUACGAACCGCCGCCCUCCGUCACGGUGUACGACGCGUUCGACGCCCUCAGCCACGCAACCUUCAGCAGCGCACGGUGCGUCCUGGCCCGCCUGGCCGAUGAGGUGCUGGGCCUCAGCAUCAGCGGCGCCUGCUUCGUCACGACCUCACACAUUGACCAAGACUUCCGGGGCCUCCUCAAGCAGGCCGGCAUCCUGGGCUACAGGCCGCCGCUGAUGGAAAGCGAGGACCCACCGUCCGCCCACUCCGAGACUGACGAGGACGUGGAGGACGAGGACGCGGGUUUUUUGACAGCGGACGAGAAGAGGAUCGCUCAUGACCUCCUCAAGAUGCUCAAGGAGCGACAAUAUAAAGUCCGAAAAAGGAUCAGCGGCCUGGAACAGAAAAUUAGGCAUUUAGAGGGCGAGGCGAAGGAGGUCGCGACGCACCUCCUUGCGUCCCUCAGAGAUGAGCUGCGGGAGGUGUCAGUCAAGGCGAGGAAGGUCCGCAUCAUCAACAAAAAAGCGCCGAGGGAACCACACGUCCAACCUGGGCCAGCCUCGAGCCUUGAAACUCUUGACUGCAGUCCGGCGCCAAGUCAGGGGCAAAGCAGCCACUUGACAGACACUGCAGCGAUCAGGCUCUGUGAGGACGAGGAGCUGGAGCAAGAAGGCACGUCGGAAAUGCUUGUAAAGGGCGACAGUGUGAGUAGCUGCGACAACCUCUGGGCCCAAGACGAAACACAACUUGAAACCGAGAAGAACCGGAAGAAAAGGACGAACCAGAAGAAAGGGACGAGGCAUGACGACGAAGAAGCGAACCAAACGGACGCCUUCAACAGCCUCGAGAGCAAAAAAUCUUCACGUGAUAAAGGCUCAAAGCGUGGCGACUUCGGAACAAAGAAAAUGGGAAGAAAGACGACAAUGGAACGGAAAAAGAAAACAAGGACGAAGUAUGACGACGAAGAAGCGGAUCAGACAGACGCCUUCAGCUCUGCACGCGGCGACAUCGGGGGUACGAAAAAGGGAAGAAAGACAAAAAUGGAACGGAAAAAGAAGACAAGAACGAGGUCUGACGAAGAAAAAGCGGAUCAGACAGACGCCUCCAGUAGUCCCGAGAGGAACAAGCAUUCACGCGAUAACAGCUCUGAACGCGGCGACUUCGAGGGAAUGGUAACAAGAAGUAAGACACUGAAACGACUCGAACGGAAAGAAAAGAGAAGUGGAAGGAGCAGGAAAGGUGGAACGCGGAGGACAAGUGGAACCUCUGAGUCUUGGAGCGUAGAUGACGAGUGGUGAAGGGGAUGGCAGGGACGAAGGAAUGAAGCAGACAGAGAGAGGAAAAUAUUAGUAAACAGAUAAAAUUAAACUAUAUAGUAGGCUAUUAUUGCUACGCCGCGACAUUUCUUUUUGAGUAUCUAUAGACUUGUCGAUAUAAGCAGCUUUUAAUUUUUGUCUCGUUAACCAUAAGCUAAUAUUGGUGAACGGUGACACUAUCUUUUUUUUUCUCUCGACAUUAACAGCAUUUAUAUAACUUUUUUUCUCCCUAACCGUAAGCUAAUAUUAGUAAAAUGUGACAUUAUUUAUUUCUGAGUAUGUCUUUUUUUUUUCUCGGCAAGAGCAGCAUGUAGUUUUUAUUUUUGUUUUCUGCUUAAGUGUAAAUAAAUAAAUAAAAAGUCAUGAAUAAAUAUAUUAAUGACCGCUUAGAUUAAUUUUAUUGCGCUGGAGGAGGGCAUUUUUUUAUCAGGGAUUGUGGAGGGCAUUUUUUUAUCAGGGAUUGUGGAGGGCAUUUUUUAUAUCAGG